UCUUCUUCCCAUACUGAAAAGGUCUCACUCCAGCCAUCGUCGCCGGUUUCACCUUCACCGCCGCCGGAACACCAUCGGGAAUCAUAGUGAUUGAGAAAGAAGAAGAAGAAGAAGAUGCCCCGUGAAAUCAUAACGUUGCAAGUGGGGCAAUGUGGGAAUCAGAUCGGAAUGGAAUUCUGGAAACAACUCUGUCUUGAACAUGGAAUCUCCAAAGACGGAAUUCUUGAAGAAUACGCCACCCAGGGAGGUGCAGGCGAUAGAAAAGAUGUAUUCUUCUAUCAAGCCGAUGAUCAACAUUACAUACCGCGAGCGUUGCUUAUGGAUUUGGAGCCCAGGGUGAUUAAUGGAAUACAAGCCAGUGAAUAUAGAGAUCUUUACAAUCAAGAGAAUAUAUUUAUUUCUUCUGAUGGAGGGGGUGCAGGAAACAAUUGGGCCAGUGGAUAUGAUCAGGGUAAGCAUUUUGAAGAGGAUCUAAUGGACAUGAUUGAUCGAGAAGCCGAUGGUAGUGAUAGUCUUGAAGGAUUCGUUUUAUGCCAUUCGAUUGCCGGAGGAACAGGCUCGGGAAUGGGUUCGUAUCUUCUUGAGACGCUGAACGAUCACUACAGCAAAAAACUGGUUCAAACAUAUAGUGUUUUCCCGAACCAGAACGAAACAAGUGAUGUGGUGGUGCAGCCUUACAAUUCCCUACUGACGCUCAAACGUUUAACGUUAAAUGCCGACUGUGUAGUCGUACUCGACAACACUGCACUCAACAGAAUUGCGGUAGAACGCCUUCAUAUACAGAAUCCAACUGUUUCCGAAACAAAUUCUUUAGUUUCAACUGUUAUGGCAGCGAGUACAACCACUCUUCGGUACCCGGGCUACAUGAAUAAUGACUUGGUUGGUAUUCUUGCUUCUCUUAUCCCCACACCGAGAUGCCAUUUUCUUAUGGCUGGUUAUACGCCAUUGACUGUUGACCGCCAGGCUAACAUGAUUCGCAAAACCACAGUGCUGGAUGUGAUGAGAAGACUUCUUCAGACAAAAAAUAUGAUGGUGUCUUGUAAUGCUAGAGCGAAACAGGCUAGUCUAGCAAAAUACAUAUCCAUAUUGAACAUCAUUCAGGGCGAAGUCGAUCCUACUAAGGUUCAUGAAAGUUUACAAAGAAUACGUGAAAGAAAACUCGUUAACUUCAUAGAAUGGGGUCCUGCUAGCAUUCAAGUCGCGCUGUCAAGGAAGUCUCCGUAUGUUAAAACUUCGCAUAGGGUGAGUGGCCUAAUGCUAGCAAGUUACACUGGAAUUCGGCAUCUAUUCGCCAAGUGUUUGAGCCAAUAUUCCCUGUUGAGAAAAAGGCAAGCAUUUCUUGAUAAGUACAAGAGUUUCCCCAUGUUUGCUGAUCUUUCGGAAUUUGAUGACGCUAAGGACUUGAUUGAUAGUUUGGUGGAUGAGUACAAGGCGUGUGAGUCCCCGGAUUACAUUAAAUGGGGAGUAGAGGACCCGGACAAUAUCCUGACCGAUGACGGAAGUGGCAUGGGACUAGCGGACCCUACUUACCAAUUUGCAUAACUCAGGUUUCUAAUCUUUGGGUUUCCAUUUAUUUAUAUCUUUUACUUUGUAACCUAAGAGCUUCUUGCCAUGUUUUCGAUCCCAUUGUUGGUUAGUCAACUACCUUCUCCGUGACUAAAACUGUCAAAUCCAUAUCGAUUUUAUUUUAUUUUUUAAUAAAUUUAUAUUUUUUUUCUUGA